AUGUCUGUCGAAGCUCAAGGAUUCAACGCCAGCCCAUACUUUAAGCAAAUUGAAGAAGGUCUCUCAAACGCUGAACUUUCUCAAGCUGCCAAAAAGUCAGUCAAUGCUGUCAUCAUCAUCACCUUGAAGAACAAGGAAGGUAAAGACCAAUCAUGGACCUUGGAUUUGAAGAAUGCCGGUACCAUUAAGAAAGUUGACGGUUCUCCACCAAAGGGUGACGUUGAGUUGAUUUUGAAGGAUGUUGAUUUCGUCAAGUUGGCUGAAGGUAAAGCCAAUGGACAAAAAUUGUUUAUGAAUGGUAAAUUGAAGGUUAAGGGUAACUUGAUGAAGGCCACUGCUAUCGAGUCUGUCUUUAAGCAAUUGGACCCAAGACCAAAAUCUAAGUUGUAA